AUGGGAGGCGGAGACCUGAACCUGAAGAAGAGCUGGCACCCGCAGACCCUCCGCAAUGUGGAGAAAGUGUGGAAGGCUGAGCAGAAGCAUGAGGCGGAGCGGAAGAAGAUUGAGGAGCUGCAGCGGGAGCUGCGGGAGGAGAGGGCCAGGGAGGAGAUGCAGCGCUACGCCGAGGAUGUGGGCGCUGUCAAGAAAAAGGAAGAAAAACUGGACUGGAUGUACCAGGGUCCCGGGGGGCUGGUGAACCGUGACGAGUACUUGCUGGGGCGCCCCAUCGACAAAUACGUUUUUGAGAAGAUGGAGGAGAAGGAGGCAGGCUGCUCUUCGGAGACAGGACUCCUCCCAGGCUCUAUCUUUGCCCCAUCGGGUGCCAAUUCCCUCCUCGACAUGGCCAGCAAGAUCCGGGAGGACCCGCUCUUCCUCAUCAGGAAGAAGGAGGAAGAGAAAAAAAGAGAGGUAUUGAAUAAUCCUGUGAAAAUGAAGAAAAUCAAAGAAUUGUUGCAAAUGAGUUUGGAAAAAAAGGAGAAGAAGAAAAAGAAGGAGAAGAAGAAGAAGCACAAGAAACAUAAGCACAGAAGCUCCAGCAGUGAUCGCUGCAGCAGCGAGGAUGAGCGCAGCUGCGGGAGAUCUCAAAAGAAGAUGGCAAAUUCUUCCUCUGUUUUAUCCAAAGUUCCUGGGUAUGGUUUACAGAUCAGGGACUCCGACCAUAGCCAGCGUCUUCAGGGCCCUUUGAAGGCUGAGCCAAAAGGAGUGCAUGGGUGGAAGAAUCAUUCCAGGCCCAGGAGCUCCUCCCCCUCGCCCCCCAGACCUGCCAGCAAGAAGAACACCGGAGAAGGAGGGUCCCGGGACAGGAGGUCUCCAUCCCCGGGCAGAAGGUCCCGGUCCCCAAGGCCAAGCAGAGCACACAACUCUAAGGUGAGCAGGAGAGAGAGAGGCCGAACCAGGAGCCCAUCACCUAAAAAAGAGGCUUACCAGCGGCGGCACGCUCCUGGAUACACCAGAAAGCUCUCAUCAGAGGAACUUGAGCGAAAACGGCAAGAAAUGAUGGAAAAUGCCAAGUGGCGGGAGGAAGAGAGGCUCAACAUCCUUAAGAAGCACGCUAAGGAUGAGGAAAGGGAGCAGAGGCUGGAGAAGCUGGACUCUCGGGACGGGAAGUUUAUCCAGCGCAUGAAGCUAGAGAGUGCGUCCACCUCCUCCCUGGAGGACCGGGUGAAGCGGAAUAUCUAUUCUUUGCAGAGGACCUCAGUGGCCCUGGAGAAGAACUUUAUGAAAAGAUGA